UUUCUGCGAUUUAAAUUCUUCUUUAUAAGUCAUAACCUCAAAAAUGGUUUCAUAACCUAAAAGUAUAUAAACACAUUGUGUUUACUUGUAGACCGUUUCUCAAAACAAAAUGCCUGUCGAUCACAGACGAAUUAAUGGUCCUGAGGACACUGUUCCAUAUCAUUUGUUUAGCAAAUUAAACAUACAAUCGCUGUCUUCAAAAUUCGCCGACGUUUAUAAAAAUGGUAAACGAAAGGAUGAUAGAAAAUCAAAUGAACAUAGGAAAAUGUUUACUGAUGUGGGAGUUGUUUCCCAAGCAAAAGGAUCAGCUUAUGUAGAACAGGGUGAAACUAAAGUUAUUGUUGCUGUGUAUGAUCCCAGAGAAAUUCCCAACAGAACAGAAUAUAGUUUAAUUGGAGAAAUAUAUUGCGAAUUCAAAUAUGCCACAUUUAGCUGUCAAAAAAGGAGAUUACAUCAGUUAGAUGCUGAAGAAAAACAUUACAGCACAAUAUUAAAACAAGCUCUCGAAUCAACAGUUUGUCGAUGUGAGUUUCCCAAUUUUCAAGUGGAUGUUUACGCUUUAGUUCUGCAUAAUGAUGGAUCUGCUCUAAGUGCAGCAAUCACAGCUGCCGGUAUGGCUAUGGCAAAUGGUGGAGUUCCUAUGUAUGAUAUAAUUACUUCUGCUACUUUGGGUGUUCAGAACAAUGUUAAAUUACUAGAUGUUAGUUUGGAAGAAGAGAAAUUAUGUGCUACUAACAUCUCCAAAGAGUAUACAAAUGGUACUGUUACUUUGUCAUAUGUAAAUUCACAUGAACAAGUUUCCCAGAUAUUUGUCAAUGGACACUUGUCUUUGGAAGAUGUUACUGAAAGUGUUCAAAUGUUGACACAAGCUUGUAAGGAUAUUGUUCCAUUAGUACAAAAGAAAUUAGUUAAAAGUGUUUAUAAUAAAAUUCAAGAAGAACAAUAGAAUUAUUUUAGAGAAUUUCUUUAUAUUAAAAACUUUUAAGAAUUUUAUUUUUUUAUUUAGUUUUAUCAAUUAGAAGCUAUACAUGUCAAAAACAAAUAGUUAACCAAUUACAAAUCUGUUUGAAAAGUU